AUGCCAGCAGAAGCGUCCCACAACAUCCCCGGCCAGGGCUUGGCUCGUUUGCGGCAGGCAGACAGGCUUCCGGGCAAUGUGACGAGGCGAACGAAACGCUUCUUACACCUCGUUUGCCCCGUCGCAUCCUUGCGCCCUCCAGCGCCUAAAGGCUGGUGCUCGCGCCCCACUUUUUCCAGCUCGUCAGACUGGCCGCUUUUCCUUUUUCCGUUUUCGAUCGCGCCUGCCAACUAUGAACAAACGACUGAAUCUUCCAAUCCACGGCCCAUAUCAUUUCGCUCCCUUCUCAAGCUCGCCUCCUCCUCCACAUCACAUCCGGCAGCACAUACGCCACCCCUCGCUCUCCCCUUUCGUGACAUUGCCGGACUCGGACACGAGAGGGAAUCGGCAUUUAUUAGGCACCGCAUCUCGACUCCGCCCUUGACGUAUGACAACCGGGAGGGCGAAAGGCUCGAAAACUCUUCUCGCCGGAGCAGCAUCAUCGUGCCAUCGAUGGACGGAACGGUCCUGUGGUCCUCCUCUAACACGUACACCGUCUAG